GGCAGCAGACAGUUAUAUGACGGCCUGCAAGAAGAAGAAGUUCUGCGCUCUCGGAUUUUGCUCAACUUUUCUCACCUUUUAUUGCCCGGUAUGGGUAAGACAUGCUGAUAAUUUGUAGCUGACAGUGAAUGAACGUGAAUCAUAACAAUGACGAGCACUGAGUCACUGCCCGAAGACCAAGCUAAGAUGACAACUGGUCAACAGCCAGACGCAUCAGUCACUCUGCAAAACGAUGCCAUUGCUAGCAAUGCUGUGCCCAGGGAAAACAUGAUUGCAACUGCGAUACGAUUCUUGCAAAACCCCCAGGUGCGCUCAGGUCCUUUAUCUCAGAAGAAGGCUUUCUUACAGAAGAAAGGCCUCACUACACAAGAAAUGGAGAUAGCUAUUGAUCGCUCAGGAACCAGGCAAGAUGUGGUACCAGCGGCUGCCCCUGUACAGACACCCAGUAAUCAGUCUAUGUUCGUCCCUCCACCGGGAAUUCCGAUGAAGCAUCAGCAGAUGGUUCCUUACGGGCAGCCUGUGCCGCCCAGAUUGACAAGCUGGCGAGACUACACGGCCAUUGCUGUCAUCAUCGGUGGAAUGAGCUAUGGAGUCUACAAAUUGAUCCAGAAUUUCCUGAUGCCCUUUCUGCGCUCUCGGAAGGAAGAACAAGAGAGACUAGACAAGCUGGAGGCCGCUGUUCAAGAACUCAACAAAAGUGUCUUGCUGACUGUGGAGAAGCUAGAGACAAAAGUGACGUCUGUCCAGGGUCUACUGGAACAGCAACAAGUCAAACUAGACAGCCUUACAGCCAGUGUGGUGACCACCAGAGCCAUCACAUCAAGCAGUAGUAGUACCGAGAUAGCUGAUGUGAAGGCCGAGAUCACCUCACUCAAAGGACUGCUGCUGAACAGGCACCAGUUUCCUGCCACUCCACAGCCAUCUCCCAUCCCAUCCUGGCAACGUGUUAACCCAGCCACUGACUCAACUCCCAGAAAACCGCUCGAAUCUCAACCCCAGCAAACCGCCGACCAGCAGACCACCGACCAGCAGACCACAGGGACGAAGACAGCCACUGCCAACAUCCUGAAUGCCUCUGAAGUGGGCGUGACCAACGGUGACCUUGGUGUUGUCAAUCACAGUGAGGGCGUGGCUAAUGAUGAUGAUGAGACCCUUGAUAUGAAUAUUCAUGAGAAUGGGACAGCUCUCAAGGAUGACACUGCCGGAGAAUUGGCCAAUCAAAUGGAUGUUGCCCAGGCAACUUGAAUACACAUGCAACCAUAAUGCCAUCCCACACAAAAACUAAUGAUCAAAAUUUCCGAAAUUAUCGCAUUUCAUUGAGCUGCGGCUGCGUGGAGCGUUUGUUACUAAUUAACUAACGAACUAACACACGGACCAACUGAGAUGCACAAUGAUUUGUUGCUAAGAGUUUGGUCAUAAUUUAACAAAAAAUCAUGACACGUAUGAUUUUGAUUCUUAAUGAUUUAAAGUCGAUGAGCUUGUUUAUGUAAUUUUCUCGUGUUCCACCCUUAAUCAGACACAUGAAACACGAAUUAAUUUUUGCACUAGUUCCACAUGCAAAUUUUCCUAAUAUCUUCUUUUGUGUUUAAGUGAUGCAAUUGAUUCGCUCUUUGCAAGCUUCCGCCAAAGCAUGCAGACCCUCGAUCGGACAACUUUACAAGCAUAGCCGGUUCAGUGAUUCCCGUGUAUACACGGGAAUCCUUAUUCGGCUGUUUUUAUUGUGUAAAGUUCCCAGAUCGAGGCUGUGCGUGCUCAUGGCGUAGCGUGCAAAGAGCGAAUUGUUGCAGAAUGAAGAGAUUCUCAGAAUGUGAUCCAAAAUAGGGGUGUGCAUUUACGGGUAGUACAGGAACCAGGUACACGAUUGAAGUAAAACUAGGGGUACUCCGGUACCCGUUAAAAAAAAUCACACCAAAUAUGCCAAAAUUCAAAUCUGGGAAGUUGCUGUUGAGAUUGUUUACAAAGGUCCGCACGAUAAUACUACCGCAUCGGCGCAUCAAUAUGUCAACACACAAGUGUGUACAUUGAGCUUUAUAGCUUAACGGUGUAAACUGCUGCUUAUGCAAUCGUCAUAAAAUGUGAAUUUGUUUUGUUUUCCCAUGUGGCCUGGUUUUCAUUUUGAAAAUUCCCCACAAAUGACUUCAAAACCUAUAAUUUUCAUUGUCUGAGAAGUUACUAACUAAUUUGUAAAGUUGGUUAUGGGUAACCGAUCUCAUAAUCUGAAACCGGUUCCCGAGUCUGUUCCCGACAUAAACGGUUUCGGUUACUCGGAUACCUGGUUCUGAUGCACAGCCCUAAUCCAACAAGUGUUUUGAAGUAUUUUUAUUUUCUUAAUUUGGUAAUUAAUUGUGUUUUAGAUAUAUCCCUACUAAUUCCCCAAUGAUCGUCAAUUUGGAACAUCAGAGAAUAAAAGAUUGAUAUUGUAAAUAAAUAUAUAUUGUUUAAUUGAAACUA